AGUAAAGGCGGAGCUCUCCGUUUACUCUCCUCCGUGCGCGAGACAGACCUAUGAGACAGACAGAGGGACAACAUGGAUCCUAACACGACGAUUCUGCGAGUCAAGAGAAAGCGCGGAACCGACCCCGCGGAUGCGUUGUUGCUGGCGUGCAAACGCAUCCGGCCGGAGACGUCCCAGAGCCCCGGCGACGUGGUGCCGGAGCCCAAUGAGGCCGAGGUGGAAAACUCCGUCUUCAAGCUCGUGGCAACCGUAGCGACGCAGGAUGCUCCCGUUCAGACGCAGGUGCGUCAGGCGCUGGCUCGGCCUCGCAUGGCCCACGCCAUGCGCCCCUCCGCGGCCAGCUCCCAGCGGAUCACCGGGGACCUGCGCAGCACCAAGUGGAGCACCCGGCGGGAGGAACGCUACCGGAUCCUGUCCAGCCACCGCUCGGGCCUCUCGGGCCCGGCGGAGCAGCUCGCCCCCCCGGCGGGAGCUCCGGAGAGCGCGGCGCAACCCGCUGAAGAGCAGGACAAAUGUUUGGGUCUCGGUGCGGUACAGGUGGUGGAUGUCCUUCACGAGGACGUGGAGGACAAGGACGGGUUGUCCAGUAAGGCGCUGUGCUCAGACCCGGAAAUGAUCCUGUGUAACAGCACCAAGAUGCUGCGUGAGCGCCUGAGCAUAACUGGAGAGCAGCUGGGGGGGGGGCACCGGGAGCAGGACGACGACUACGUGUACGACCUGUACUACCAGGAGACGGUCACGCCGGGCUGGAUCCAGGACAUCCUGUCCGUCAGGGCCUACACCGACGAGGGAGAACUGGUGCCUGACCUUGUGGUUCACGAAGAGGAGGUUUAUGAAGACGACGAUGAUGAAAACGAGGAAGGCAACUGGAGGAAUGACUACCCUGAUGAGAACAGUGAUGCAGACAGUGAUGCAGAGGAGCGCUACGGGGGUUACUGGGAGGAGGAGCACUCGUACAGCCAGAGGAGCUGGGCCCGCUACCAGAGGGAGGUGCUGCAGGAGCUGGGCCACUGUGGGGAAGAAGACAAGGAGGAGGAGGAGGAGGACGGAGACAAAUAUAAUUCGGAUUGAUCUGUCUGUGGAUGUUCCCAAUGGCCUCCCCUACAGACAACGCCUCACCCCCGGACCUGUGCGUGCGUGCGUGCGUGUGUGUGUGUGUGUGCGCGUGUGUGUGUUUGCAAGAGUGGAGGGAAAACAACUCCCGCCUUAAAGGGCAGCAACUCGUCACAUUUAUGGAAUGUUGAAUUGAUUUAGACCAUCCUGAACUUUAUUUUCCCCCACAAAACAUCACAGUAUAUCAACUAUUACAGUGUUGCUGUUUUAGUUCUUGAAGAACUCACCAUGAAGUCAAAUUUCUUCAAGAACUCUGGUGAUUUUGUAGGUGAAACAUUCUUUUGGAGUCCAAAUUAAAAAGGAUAAAAGAUCCACUUUCAUUUGUCAGAGUAACAGCAUCAGCCCCCCCCCCCCCCCCGCACCCGUACACCUACAUGACGUCCCUUUGUCCCCCACACAGACGGGGAAGGAGGAGUUGUUUCCAGAAGGAUCCAGUGUCUUUUUUUUAUUUUUUAUUGUGGUGGAGUGAAUUGUGCGUGUGGGUGUUUGUUCAAUGUGGACGUGUGUUUAAAAAAAAUGUUGCACAUUAGCGUGAUCUGCCUCGUAUGCUUUGUGCUCUUAACACUUGCGUCAGUGAGACGUCUCGGGCCGCGUGUGGCUGCAUUUUGUGCAUGGUAGUGUGUGUGUGUGCGUGCAAGUAUAUAUGUGUGUGUGUGUGUUAGAUUUUUGGCACUAUGUGAAAGCCUGACGCAGUCUGUUUUUGUUGUGGGUGUGUGAGUUUGGUCUCUUUGAUGCUCGGUGAAUUAAACUUUUUGUAAAUAUGUAGAUGUGUAUAAAAUGAAAGCUUUCAAUUAAACUUUAAACAUGU